AAAUGAGGAAACUAAAUGGCAGAAACCAAACCCCAGCUGGUGCCAUCAGGUGGUUGUUUUGCUUUGGAGGUGAGUCUGCUGGAAAAUUACUGCCUGUGUGCAGUGACUGUGGGCCUGGGGCUGUGCAGGAGCAGUAUAAAAGCAGGAACUUCUCCUCACUCUCUCAUCCACUGCUCUCACCUCCAUCUCCUUGAGAACAAGGUGAAGCUCUACCAUCCAGACAUGUCCUGCUUCAGUCCAUGCAUGCCCUGCCAGCCCUGCGGCCCAACCCCGCUGGCCAACAGCUGCAAUGAGCCCUGUGUCAGGCAGUGCCAGGACUCCAUCGUCGCCAUCCAGCCCUCUGCCGUGGUGGUGACCCUGCCCGGCCCCAUCCUCAGCUCCUUCCCUCAGAACACCGCCGUGGGCUCCUCCACCUCCGCUGCCGUUGGCAGCAUCCUCAGCUCUGAGGGAGUGCCCAUCAACUCCGGGGGCUUUGGCCUCUCCAGCUUGGGCCUCUCCAGCUUGGGCGGCCGCUUCUGUGGCAGGAGGUGCCCCCCCUGCUAAAGCUGCUGGUGAUGGCCCUGGGGAAGGGCCCAGGGACCAGAAGAUGGCACCGCACUGGGGACUGCUUCCAGAGCGGAUGAGCAACCCCAGCACUACUUGAAUGCUCCAUGCUGCUUUUCACCUCUGCCAAUCUCUCCUGUCCCUCCUCUCUCCUUGUUCUCUUGUGCUUACUUGGGCUGGGAGCCUCACAAAGGCAGCCUAGGGAGGACCUGCUGGCCCUGCUCCCUCUGUUGGGAGCAGAUGGACACCUUGUGGUAUCCACCACAGCCAUGAGGUACAGACUCCUUUCUGCCCCUGAUGCUCCCUGCACUGGGCCUUCCUUUGUAACUGUUCUGUUUUCCUCAUUUGACUCAUUAAAGUUCUGCUACAUCCCAGGCUGUAA